AUGUCGAAGAUCUUCAGCAUCGCUGGUCGCAACCUCAAGCUCGACACCCGAGCCGACAUCCAGCCCCACCUGGACAUCCUCGCCGCCAUCGAUGAUCUCGAGGAGAUCCACCUCGGUGGAAACACCCUCGGCGUCGAGGCGUGCCAGGCUCUCGGCGAGGUCCUCAAGACCAAGAAGACGCUCAAGGUCGCCGACUUCGCCGACAUCUUCACCGGCCGGCUGAUCACUGAGAUUCCCGAUGCCCUGCGCGCCCUCUGCGACGCCCUGGUGGAUCACGAGAACCUCGUCGAGCUCGACAUGUCCGACAACGCCUUUGGCGGCCGCUCCGCUGAGCCCAUGGUCAACCUCCUCACCCACAACCACCACUUCUCCGUGCUCAAGCUCAACAACAACGGCCUCGGCAUCUCCGGAGGUACCAUCAUCGCCGAGGCGCUCAUCGCCGCCGCUGCCGAGCUCAAGACCAAGGGACUCAAGUCGAACCUGCGCGUCGUCAUCUGCGGCCGCAACCGCCUCGAGAACGGCUCUGCCCCCCUCUGGGCCCAGGCCUUUGCUGCUCACGGCUGCCUGGUCGAGGUUCGCAUGUUCCAGAAUGGAAUUCGCAUGGAGGGCAUCAAGGCCUUGAGCCAGGGCCUUGCCAGCUGCCCGCACCUCGAGGUCCUCGACUUCCAGGACAACACCGCCGCCGUGCCCGGCUCGCGUGCCAUCGCAGCGUGCUUGAACAAGUGGCCGGCCCUCAAGGUCCUCAACCUCUCUGACUGCCUCCUCAAGCCUCGCGGCGGCGCUCUUGUCGUCGGUGCGCUCGAGCAUGGAAGCAACCCUCUGCUGGAGGAGGCGUACUUCCAGUACUGCGACCUCGACCGCAAGAGUCUGUCGACGCUCGGCAGCGCCAUCGACCACCACCUGCCCAAGUUGAGCAAGCUCGAGAUCAACGGCAACUGGGCGGACGAGGAAGAUGAAUGCAUCACCAAGAUCAAGGCCGCUCUCGCCAAGUGGGGCCACGAGGAUGCCCUUGACGAGCUCGACGAGAUGGACCCCGAAGGCGAAGAAGACGAGGAAGAGGAAGAUGAGAGCGAGGAGGAGAAGGUCGAAGAGUCGGAAGAGGUCAAGGAAGCCGAGGCGGGCGACAAGGGCGACACCGCCGCUGCUGCUGCCGAGCCUGUUGCCGGCGCUGCCGUCGCCUCGGCCUCGACGAGCCACGAAGACACUGACCGCCUGGCGGAGGCGCUGGAGAAGACCAAGAUCGACGCUACCGCCGUCGAGUCGUCCGACGUGCCGCCCGCCGAGGAAGUCGCCCCUGAGGCCCACGAGUCCUCCGCUCCCGUCACGGCUUCAGGACCGGGCGUCAGUGACCCCGAAGCCGGCAAGGUUCCCGCUACCUCUGGCGGAAGUGCGCCGUCCUCGGACGCGGCGCCGUCCUCGGACGCGGCGCCGUCCUCGGACCCUGCUCCGUCCUCUGACGCUCCGUCGUCGUCGUCGUCGUCGUCGAGCUUCGCACACAAGCGCAUCGGAAAGCUGAUGGCCAGCAUCAAGAAGAAGCUCGCCUAG